AUGGCCACUUCCCAGCUCUUCCUAAUCCUAGCCAUUAUAGCAAUUUUUGCAUCUUCAAUUUUAGCAACAGAUUAUGUUGUUGGCAACGACAAAGGGUGGACGAUUAAUUUUGAUUACCAAGCUUGGGCUCGGGGAAAGAUGUUCUAUGUUGGUGACAAUCUUGGCGCCCACAAUGUGUUCAAAGUGAACGGCACAGGCUUUCAGGAAUGCUUAGACUCUGUGCCAUUAACAAGUGGAAGGGAUGUGAUCAACCUUGCAACCCCAGGAAGAAAAUGGUACGUUUGUGGUGUUUCUCAGCACUGUUUAGAUGCUGGCCAGAAGCUUGCUAUAACUGUGUUUCCAUCAUCCUUUGCUCCUAGCCCUAGUCCCACCUGGGGAUACAGCGACCAGACAGAGAAUGCUGCUUCUAGCCCUGGCCCCACCUGGGGAUACAUCAACUAA